UCGUGGCCUUUUCAUAAUUGUUGCGCGUGUCUUUUGCCGCGAGCGCCAUAUCUGUGCGCACACGCACCAGGCUCUUCACUUCUGUUGUACAGGUACGUCUUGAUUCCGCGAGUACGUCCAUUCGCGUCGAGUCGCGGAAAGGGGACCCUCCUUCCUGCUCCUUUCUGGGCCGCGCCUGCCCUCCUGUCAACCAACUCCAGGCACGGGUAGCUGCCUCAGCCGUGCAACCAACGCCGCUGCUAGUCGCCUCGGAAACAUAGAUAUUACCUGUCGCGACGAUUAGAUACCCUCUGUCAAUGCUCGCGCCACCCCGACCGUCCGUGCCGCGUUGGGUCUCUUCUGGCGCUGAUUUACCGGCAUAGUAUUUGCAUAUACCCCUUUUACAUACCGACAUAGACGCGCAUAAUGGACGACGACGCGCCAAACUUCUCCUACGCCUACGCCGGCUCCUCAACGCCUGCCACCCAGUCGUGGAAUCCCGCAUUGCGCCCCGAAAACGAAUCCGCCCAAGAACAGUCGGCCAAGCUGCAGCCUUCUCCGCAGAUCAUACCUCAGUCGAAACCGUCGCUGGAAGAUGGCCAGGAGGACAGUGAGGAUGACGUGCCUUCCAUACCCGAAGUGGAGACGACACCUGCGCCUCUGAGCAAUGGUGUCCCUGGCCAUGAGAGACCGUCGGGAGAGGACUUCUUCAGUCGCCAGCAGCAGGCCGAGGAUCCCGAGAGCGAGGAUCCCUCGUCGAGCGAGGAGGGAGAGGAGGAGGAAGAAGGCGAGGAUGAGGAUGAGAGCGAGGAGGAUGAGGAGGCUGAUGAAGCUCAUGUUCAAGGGAGCGCCCUCGCAGCUGCGACAGAGUCUCUCAGUCUGGAGGAUGCGACAGCAAAAGAACCGGUUGGAGCUACCCAGGGCGCACCAGCUCCUCCCUCCGACAAUUCGGAAGAGGAAUCCGAGGAGGAGUCGGAAGCGGAAUCCUCGGAAGAAGAAGUAGAGCACCCCGAAGCCCAAUACGAGCAUCAAGGCGAAACUACGCUACUGGAAGAAGCGGUGGCUGAAAGCGAGAAGGCGCCGCUGGUUGCAGACGCGGAGCCCGCAAGCGAUGACUGGGGAGCUUCUGGCGAGGAUUUCGAUCUGGGAGGGGCGUCGCAGGACGCACUCGAGACCCCCCUACAAGCACUCCUCCACACUCCGCGACCCGAAGCGGGCGGCACAACUGUCGGGGACGAUUUCAUUGGAAAUACGAGUGUCGGCGGAAACACAGGCGAGGUCACUGACGACUGGGGCAACGGCGAUGGUGAUGACUUUUUCGCUGGGGCCGCCGCUCCCCAGGUUGCAGGACCGACGCAAUCUGGCGCUGAGGAGAGCUCCAGCGCGCAUGUGCACAAAGCGGAAGACAGCGAGCUCGCAGCUGGUGGUUCCGCAUGGGAUCUGGAAUUGGAUGAUGAUUUCUUGGAGGAGACAGAAGAUGCAGGGCCCGUAUUCGAACUGGACGACGAUGAAGGUUUUCUGGACGACGAACCCACCGAGACAACGGAACAGCCUGCACAACCCCUCUCUGCUCCCGCUGCAACUCGAUAUGCACCUGCGGCCGCACAAGCACCGCAGCCAACUGCAAACACUUACGGGGCACCCACUCCGCAGCUCACAAACCUAGCGCAACCUGGUCUAACGGCAGGUAUUCCUACCCCAACGGCUCUUUACGGCGCCUAUGGUCAGCCUGCACCAAUUCAGCAAACGGCAUCUAGACCCGGAAUGCCUGGUUCUGCGGAGAGCUUCGCCGCGAAAGCGCGAGAAGGCUACCAUUCGCCGUAUGACCUCCCAGAGGACAUUGUCACCACGCGACGACGACCUGCGCCACGCACAGCUUCAAUCCCCUCGGCACCCCCUUCGGCACCCCCACGAUCCAGCAGUAUGUCGAAUACUGGCGCGCCUCAGCCCCUACCGCCUUCGAACUUGUCAGCCUCUAGCUUCUCUCCUCCCUCAUCCGGACACUCGUAUCAGCCUCAGAUGACGGGCUUACCACCAAACGUACCACCAAAGCCUGCAGCUCCGGCGAAAUCACCAUCAAGUGACUUCUUUGCUGAGCUUCCAAUUACCUCGAAGCCGAAACCCUCUGGAAGAUACACUCCACAGCCUGCCGCACCGCAACAACCCCCUGCCCCUGGGUUUCCUCCCAAAGAGCGCACGGCAUCGUGGUCCUCUUUGAGGAAUGAGUUCAAACCAGAUGCCGACAAUUACAUAUCCCAACUGCAGCAGCCAGACCGUUUGCCAGUCUUCCCAGAGCAGCCCACGGCGCCUGUGCGGGCCAACAGUCUGCCUGUACCACAGCCUGCUCCAGCACCUCCCUCGAACAGAUAUUCGCCAGCACCAUCGCAAGCACCUUCGGCGCCCCCGGCCAACGCAAGAUAUUCUCCCGCUCCCCCAUCUGCUCCAGCUGCAAACGCGAGGUACUCGCCUGCUCCACCACCACAAGGGUCGGUUACCCAGGCCCUGAAUCAACACACUACCCCUCCACUAGGAGGACCUCCUCGACCGCCAUCCCAAAACUAUCUGCCUCGUACAUCUAGCCCGCUCGCUUACCACACCUCGCGACAGCAACAAGAAUCAGCGGUAAAUGCACAGCAACACACACCAGAUGUGUCUCGGAGUUCCUUGGAAGGCGUGACAGAAGAACCACAACAGCAAGCUGGCCCUCCUCUAUCUGCGAGAACGGCCACACCACCGAUACGAAGCACGCCCUCGUCUGUUGUGAGUUCGCCGAGAAAGAAGGGCAACUACACUCCUCAGUAUCAGCCAAUGGACGCAUCCACGGCCCCAGCACCUUCGCAAACAGAGUUGCCGCCUGUGCGAAGCUUCUCGAACAUGGAACCAUCAGCUGCUGCUUUUGGUGGACCGCUUCAACCGACAUAUGCCGCACCUGGCUCACAGGAUGUGAACACCAUACCUCCGCGUCGCCAGCCUGCGCUCCAAUACGAUUGCAUCGCACCUACAGAUGAACGUGCAGCUGACCCGCUGGAGCGAUGGAGAGGCUACCCAAUCUUCAAGUGGGGCUUGGGUGGAAUGGCAGUGACAACAUUCCCAAAGCAGGUACCUCGCUAUGGGGGUGGCGCAUCAGCACCGAUGGUGAAAUGCAGCCCCGGUGAAAUUCGGACUCAAAGCGUCAAAGAAGUUCUCCCAUUGUCGGAAGAUAUCACAAAGUUCCCGGGCCCGCUAAAGGCAAAAAGCAAGAAGAAGGACGUGUCGGCAUGGCUCGCUCAACGGAUAGGAGCGCUUGAAGCGCAUCAACAAAGUCCAGGACUGGAUUUGUCACAUAGCGCGGAUGAGCUGAAGCGACUCGAAGAAAAGAUCCUGCUUUGGAAAGUCUUGCAGGUCUUUAUUGACAAUGACGGUGUACUGGAUGGUAACACGGUAGCCGACGCGGCUGUGAGGAAGAUAUUUGCAGCCGACGCGGACGCUUCUGCUGAUGGCGAGGGAUCGUUCACCACGGCGGCUGAACUAGUGGGCAGACCGAGGUCAAACACUACCGGCGUGCAGGCUGAUCCUGUGGAUCCCAAAGCUGUUGAGGAAUUGAGGACACUCCUCACGAAAGGCGACCGUGAAAAGGCUGUCUGGCAUGCGGUGGACCAGCGACUAUGGGCACACGCCAUGCUUCUGUCUUCGACACUAAACAAAGACAUCUGGAAGCAAGUCGUGCAAGAAUUUGUACAGAAAGAGGUUAAGAAGUUGGGCCGAAACAACCAAGCUCUUGCUGUGCUCUACGAAAUAUUCGCCGGAAAUCACGACGAUUGCAUUGACGAACUAGUCCCUGCUUCUGCCCGAGCUGGCUUCCAGAUGAUGAGUACGGAUGGUGCUGGUACCGCCGAGAAUGCUCUCCAAGGUCUCGACAGAUGGCGCGAGACUCUCACACUCGUCUUGAACAACCGAAGUGAAGGUGACCCAGCGGCUUUAGUCUCCCUUGGAAAACUGCUUGCAGGCUAUGGUCGUGUUGAAGCAGCGCACAUCUGCUUCAUCUUUGCGCGGAGCAGAGCUCACAUCAACGGCGUGGAUGAUCCCGAGGCUAACAUUGUGCUUAUUGGUGCUGAUCACAAGAAGAAUCCCUUGGACCUGGGCAUCGACUUGGACCCGGUGUUGCUGACCGAAGUGUAUGAGUUUGGCUUGUCCUUGUCUGCCCCAGGAGGCUCUUUCAUAAUCCCACACCUGCAAAACUACAAGCUUGCUCACGCAUAUCAACUAGCAGAGUACGGCCACCGGACCGAUGCUCAGGCCUACUGCGACGCCAUUACAGCAUCCAUGAAAGCCACUACAAAAAUCUCGCCUUACUUCAAUGGUAGCUUCGUGGCAAUGCUCGAUGAUCUCAGUAAGCGCCUAUCGCAUUCUCCUAAGGAUGGCUCAACCUGGCGCACAAUAACAAACACGGACAAGCUAACAAGCUCGCUGUUCUCGAAGUUCACGAAUUUCGUUGCGGGCGAUGACGAGGAUGCCGCUUCCAAUGCCUCAGCUGGAGAAGCCGGUCCUUUUGGGAAGAUUGCUGGUGGCACACCAACCUUAAGCCCGACUCAGUCCAGCGCGGACCUUUACGGAGCGUAUUCCGGCUUUGGAAUUGCUCCCACUGCGCCAUCUGCCCCAGGAAACUCUAGGUAUGCACCCUCGAAUGCCCACGCGCCCAGGACAUCGAUGGAGUCCACCCGAUCCAAGUACGAGCCCCAGGGUCGUCCCUCGUUAGAGUCCAACGACAGCAGCGUAGGAAUGCGCGCAGUCUCCGACUCUUACAUUCCGUCGCCCCAGAUUCCCAACUCCUUUGCCUCACCGCAACAAGCCCAGCUUAGCCCCCAUGUACCAUCCCUCUCCAAAGCGCAUUCCUACUCCCCUCUCCGAACAGAGUACAACGCUUCCGAGCCGUCUUAUGGCAGCCCUUACCAACCCACGCCUGCGGCGGCCGCAGCAGAACCUACUCCAUCGUAUGGAGGUUUCCAGCCGCUUCAAGCCAGCUUCGAUGACUCGCCCACUCUAUCGAGCGGCUUCCAACCUCCAAGCAGCUCUUUCGAGUCGUCGUAUCAACCUUACCAGCCAUCCGAAGAAGACUCUGCGGAGCAAUCACUCAGGCCCAAGAAGUCUUUCAUGGAUGAUGACGAUGACGAUGACCUCGCUACCCGUGCUGCAGCUCUCAAAAUCUCAGGUUCAUCCAAUUCCAAGUCAGAGAACGACCGCCUCGCAGAUGAAGCGUUCCGCAAAGCCGCGGAAGAAGACGCAAAGCGCGACAAGGAGGCCGCUGCGCAGAAGAAGUCCGGCAGCUGGCUUGGCGGCUGGUUCGGCGGCGGUGCCAAGAAGGACAAUGCUAUGCCGACGAAUAAGCCCAUCAAAGCGAAGCUUGGAGAGGAGAACAGCUUCAAAUACGACCCUGAGCUCAAGAAGUGGGUCAACACCAAGGGUGGCGCGGCGGAAGCUGCCAAACCCAUGGCGACUCCACCUCCACCACGCAGCGGUCCGCCCAGCAGGGCUGUCUCAACGCAAAGCGCCAUGGGGCCUCCCAACUCUCUACCCAAUGCGAAUGGCCUGCCCCUUCCGCCGACGUCGAAUCCCGGGCUCGGGCAGAGGAGUUCCUCCAUGCCGCCGCCUAUGGGUCUUCCCGGCUCAAGGGCGAGCACACCCGGCUUACCAUCCGACAACGAGGGUCCGAGACCGCCAGCAUUGACGCGACCCAGUAUGCCAACUGGUCCGCCAAGUAGGCCGGGCACAGGCAUGAGCACGGCGAGCAGCAUCGACGAUCUGCUGGGUGCGCCGCAGGCGAGGAAGGGUGCAGCGAAGGGGAAGAAGAAGGGCGGGCGGUAUGUCGAUGUCAUGGCGAAGCCGUGAUCUGUUAUUGUAUGGGAUUCAAAGGCGUUAUCACGAGAUACGGUGUUGUUAGAUAUGGCUUUUGAAUGAAGGAAAGAGUAGACGC